GUCAAUCGCUGUUGAACAGACGAAGAGGACAAAGACGAGCUGGAUGAUCCGGACAGUUUUUCUUCCUAUCUAACAUUUCUUUAAACAACAUGGACAAAUCAAGGAGAAUUGUCAUCCUGGGAAAAACUGGAGCAGGGAAAAGCAGCCUGGUUAACACCUUACUUGGAAAGGAUUUGUUCAAGGUCAACCAUACUGCCAUAUCUGGAACAAGUAAAUGUCAAGCAGAAACCAAAUCUGUCAAGGGGAGAAGAUUAACUUUGAUCGACACUCCAGGUUUCUUUGACACCAACACACCUGAAGAACAACUGAAGCCUGAGAUAGUGAGGUGUAUCAUAGAGUGCGCUCCUGGGCCUCAUGCUUUUCUCAUUUUGCUGAAAGUGGAGAAAUUUGGUGAACACGAGCAGGCUGUCAUCGAUAAGAUUAAGAGAUACUUUUCUGAAGAAGCCUUCAGAUAUGCAACAGUUGUCUUCACUCAUGGUGAUCAGCUCCAAGAGGGACAGACAAUUGAAGAUUUCAUCCAUGAGAAUGAGAAUCUGAGAGAUCUGGUGAAGAAGUGCAGCGGCCGCUGUGUUGUCAUCGAUAACAAGUACUGGAACAAAAAGGAUGAAUACAGGAGCAACGAGGUCCAGGUAGAGAAGCUGCUCAAGGUGAUAGACAAGAUGAUCAAGGACAACAAAAAUGGCUGCUACACUAAUGAGACGCUACAAGCAGUGGAGGAAAAGAUACAACAAGAGAUGGAAACCAUUAAGCAGUCAUCAGGAAGCAUGUCAGAGCAAGAGAUCAGGACAAAGGCUAAACACAGUGUUUGGAAAAAGCUUCUUACUAUAUUUACAGGUGUAAUAGUAGGUGCGCUGAUAGGAGCUUUCCUUGGUGCGGCAAUGAUGGUGAGAAUAACCUUUGGAAAAAAUUGUCCAUUAGCACCAUCAGUUAAAACUUGGGUGGCAUCAGCUGCAGUGGGAGCAGUGAUAGGAGGGGGUGCAGGAUUUGUUGCCGCUUAUGAAGCAGAGACACCAAAGGAAGCAGCGAUAAAAGCAGCCAAAUCUGUCUAUGAUGAAGUAAAUGAUGUUACAGGGGGACUAUCACUGCUUCAAAUUAAAAAAGGGAAAUGAAUAACGAGCCGAGGUUCUUGCAGAAAGGAAAUGUCUAUCUUCUUGUAGAUAGAAUUAACUUUUUGCAAAGGUGGUGAUCAAAUUUAAAUGCCUGAGUCAAAUUUGACAAGUUUGCUAACAAGAGUUGAUUUGAAGGGUUUUUGAAAAUAUCUUAAAAUUGUUUGUGAAUGCUGUCGAUUUUAUUACUUUCUCCUGCUAAACGCUGUUAGUGUUGAUCAAUGUAACAUUUUGGGUGUUUUGGGCUGCCAGUCUUAAUGUUGGGUUUCACAUAAUGUGACAUUAACCUGUUCUGCAUGUAAUUCAUUUUGAAUCUGUUGACGUUAAAACAACAGACCAACACAACAGACUUUUAAAAGUGAAAAAUUAAAUGUAAUCGUUUUUUUAUAUCUGGUAUUCUUUAUCUGGUGUAUCUAUGUUGAUUUAUUAAAGAUCUUUGUAUUGACAAA